AUGAUGGAAAUCGGAGCAACAGCUACAAAGAUCACUCACGGUCUCUUCCAGAACACGCAUCCCCUCAAGGCGAAAUGGAAUCGCAUUAAUGGAGUUCAGCUCCCGAGAUCAUCUCACUCUGUCGCAGUUGUUGCCGGUCGAGCAUACAUAUUCGGAGGUGAAAUCAAUCCGCGCGAACCCGUCGAUAAUGACAUGCACGUCAUCAUCCUCCCUUCUGGUACGGUCACCAGCGCCGAUUAUCGAGCUAUACCUGCCAAGCCUAAGCAUAAUGGUGGAGACGUCCCCGAGAAGAGAGUAGGACAUACGGCAGGAGUUAUUGGAGAGCGAAUUUUCAUCUUUGGUGGAAGAGGUGGCAAAGACAUGAAACCUCUUGAGGAAAAUGGCAGAGUUUGGGUCUACGAUACGAGGACAGAUAGAUGGUCUUUCUUAGAUCCAGUCCCUGGCACUCCUUUCCCUGCUGCGCGAUCUUACCAUUCGAGCGUUGCUAUUGAAAAGCCCGAGCCAUCAAAUACGAAGAAUGUGGAUUUCGAUCAGGCUAUCGACGAAACUAAGAUUGGAAUAAUUGCAGAGGGAGCUAAGACUGAUGAUGAGCAAGGCGGUUAUGGAACAUUAUUUGUCCACGCAGGAUGUCCUGUUUCUGGACGAACAAAUGAUCUCUGGGCAUUUGACAUUCAAAGCCGUACAUGGAAGGAAUUCCCUUCAGCUCCAGGAAAGCCCAGAGGUGGCACAUCACUAGCAGUUUCAAAACAGAGGAUCUAUCGAUAUGGUGGUUUUAAUGGUGAGAGUGAGGAGGGAGGCUAUCUAGAUAUUUUGGAAUUGGCUCUCGAAACUUUCAACGACAAAUCUGGUUCAGGUGAAUUGGGAGUCACUUCGAAGGGAGAUUGGGAAACCUUAAACUUUGAAGAAGAGAGUAUGAAACACCCUGGCCAUCGAAGUGUGGCCGGCAUGCAUACCAUUAAUACUGGCAUGGGCAGAGAAUAUUUAAUUCUCUUACUUGGCGAAAAAGAUCCAAGUAGCCAAGGCCAUGAUGGAGCCGGCAAGUUUUGGAGCGAUGUCUGGGCAUUUCAAUGUCCCCCGCAAGGCAUGACUGCGGCAAGUUUCAAAGAUGCUACCUGGCAAGCACUGGGACGAGAAACCGGUGAAGGUCUUUGGAGCCAGAUAGUCGUCUCUGAUUCAGAGGGUUUUGAGGGUGAUGAUGUUAGGAAGCUUGUGCCCGGAGAGCGCGGAUGGUUCGCAAGCUCGUCAAUGGGUGAUGCUGACUCCAGAGGUAUUCUCUUGUGGGGUGGUCUGAAUGGAAAGAAUGAACGUGAAGAUAAUGGAUGGAUCUUGACUAUUGAAUGA